UAUGUGCACACCUUCAGACAAACAUUCACCAAGCAAGCCUAUCCAUACUUCUAUAAUGUUUGUCCUGCUAUGAGGGUGUUACCAGAAUAGGCUGCAACCACUAAGGACAUUAUGCUAGUGUAAUGGAAAAAAGGAACCUAGUCUAUUGAAAAUGAACACAUUUCUACUUGAUCAUCAUUUCAACAAGGGUGCACCGUGAGAUAACAUUUAUUAUGGUAAUUAUGGAUGGCCUUUUCACACUUGGCCAAAGUUUUUGCUUUCGGCUCAGUUUUCCAUUGCUCUGAGGUUGUCUGCUUGAAGGAUUCAAACCUAGUUUAAAGCAUCAAGGGUUCUUUGGAAGUUCAGCAGAAAAUGGAAGAGAGGAAGCUGUGUGUGAGUGAAUGCUUGUGUGUAAUGCCAUUUUCUAUGUUGAGUGUAUCUCUUUGAUGUACUCUGGAGAGCUGAAGUUUGAGAAGAGGACCAUGUCUGCUCAGGUGGAGGGGGGUGUUCAUGGCCUGCACUCUGAUUUUCUGAUCCUGCCUGGCUUCAUUGACUUUACCUCAGAUGAAGUGGAUCUGACCUCUGCUCUGACCCGGAAGAUAACCCUGAAGACGCCGCUUAUUUCCUCCCCCAUGGGUACUGUGACUGAAUCCUCCAUGGCCAUCGCUAUGGCUCUCAUGGGCGGUAUUGGGAUCAUCCAUCACAAUUGCACCCCAGAGUUCCAAGCAAAUGAAGUCCGGAAAGUUAAGAAAUUCGAGCAGGGCUUCAUCACGGAUCCGGUGGUGAUGAGUCCACAGCACACGGUCGGAGAUGUGUUUGAGGCCAAGGUGCGACACGGCUUCUCUGGAAUCCCUGUCAGAAACGGCAAGAUGGGCAGCAAGCUUGUGGGAAUCGUGACGUCACGAGACAUUGACUUCCUCUCAGAGAAGGACUAUGACCGGCUGUUGGAGGAGGCAAUGACAAAGAGGGAAGAUUUAGUGGUUGCACCAGCAGGUGUUACACUCAAAGAGGCCAAUGACAUCCUGCAGUGCAGCAAAAAAGGUAAACUGCCCAUUGUGAACGACAGUGAUGAGCUGGUGGCUAUAAUUGCUCGCACUGAUCUGAAGAAGAACAGAGACUACCCUCUGGCCUCUAAAGACUCCCGCAAACAGCUGCUGUGUGGCGCUGCCAUCGUUACCCGUGAGGAUGACAAGUACCGGCUGGACCUGCUCGUGCAGGCAGGAGUGGAUGUGGUGGUGCUGGACUCAUCUCAGGGAAACUCAGUGUUUCAGAUCAGCAUGAUUAACUACAUUAAACAGAAGUAUCCUGAGCUCCAGGUGGUGGGGGGGAAUGAGCUGCCGAGGCUGCUUCGAUCUGUGGCGGGACACACCGCACCUGCUCUCCCACUGUCCCGCUAGCCCUCUGAUUGCUUAGCCAGAACAGGCGCAGGUGCCACAGCUUCGGCGGGACGGUCUUCCUUCCGCGGGCCUCCGUGCCUGUGGGACUGCCGGCGCGCUCCUUGGAGACUCAUUGUUGCUAGGU